GGCUGUAAUGUUCAUUGGUGACCAGCGCCUAGUGAGGAGACUCCGCCUUCACUGUCAUUCCCGACAACUAUCGUACCCGCUGAUUGUCACGCCUCAUAACUGUCAUAUCCGCCGAUUGUAAGCCCCGGCAACUGUCAUAUACCCGUAGACUGUCACUUCUGAUACUGGUGAUACCCGUCCACUUAACAGUCUUUUCUAAGCUCAGGAAGACUACUGGCGAAGAUGAAGGUGACAUGGGUGGUGGCGACACUGGUGGUGGUGGUGCUGGCAGUGACGGAGUGUCGACCAGUCGACCAGAACAAGGCCAGGAAAGGCGUCGAGAAACAAAUGAAGCAGCUGAAAAAGCUGAAGUGUAAACCUAGGCAGCAGAAGUUGGUGGUGAAGGAUGUACUGUCUGCUGACAACGACGUGAAGGACGCAGACUUCUGGCCGCAGGUGGUGGUGGUGAAGCGGUGUGACGACUCCUGCAGCUACUGCGGCGACGACAUCGGGGUCGAGACCAAAAGAUGUGUCCCGAGCAAGACCAAGACCAAGAUGUUCUACCUGGCGCAGUACGACGACCAAGGUAACAGGCACUACACCCACUUCAAGACCCAAGAACACCUCCGCUGCUCCUGCACAACAGCCACAGCCGACAACACCGCCGACAACACCGCCGACAACAGCGCCGACACAACACUCCGUGAGGACCACGAGUGACCACGCCGCUUGUUGCUACCUUCACGUCCUCAAACAACAAGACAACAACAGUUGCAACUUGUCCUACCUUAAUAUUGUCCAGCACUUGCUAACUCACCCAGCAUCACCGGCACGUGUGGGCGUCCCUCCCCGUGCAACACUUGGUGCCCUGGUACACGUGUGGUGGGACAGGUGUGGGCGUCCCUCCCCGUGCAACACUUGGUGCCCUGGUACACGUGUGGUGGGACAGGUGUGGGCGUCCCUCCCCGUACACGUGUGGUGGGACAGGUGUGGGCGUCCCUCCCCGUACACGUGUGGUGGGCCAGGUGUGGGCGUCCCUCCCCGUGCAACACUUGGUGCCCUGGUACACGUGUGGUGGGACAGGUGUGGGCGUCCCUCCCCGUGCUGCAACACUUUUACUGUAAGAAUGAUAUUCCGGGUAAACCAGUGAACUUGGAUCGGAUAUUUCGCUGCAGACUUUGUGAGUGAAGUUGUUGUUGUGGACUGUUACGUGGUGGCGCUGUGACGGCUGUUGCUGCACCACCGUCACCCCAUCACUGUGACGGCUGCACCUCCACCACCGUCACCCCAUCACUGUGACGGCUGUUGCUGCACCACCGUCACCCCAUCACUGUGACGGCUGCACCUCCACCACCGUCACCCACCACUGUGACGGCUGGUGCUGCUCCUCCACCACCGUCACCCACCACUGUGACGGCUGGUGCUGCUCCUCCACCACCGUCACCCAUCACCGAGCAACAGCUCCGGUAACUCACUAACCAUUCCUGGCAUUUUCUGAGUCAUGUUGAGAGUUUGUGAUACUAGAGUAAGUCUGUAACAUAGAGGUCAUGUUAUGUUACAAUAUUGGUAAAAUGUUUUGCCACAAUGUAUUUUCGGACCAUAAUAUGGUUGGGAAAUAUUAGUCACUGUAUAAGGUAAAAUGUAUCUCAUAAUAUAGAAUGAAUCAUUGUAAUAUAAUGAGGGGAAAAUACGAGAACUUUUGUAUGUAUUAGUUAAUGCUCAAGUAGUUUAUUUAUUCAUUGUUUAUAAGAAUCCAGACUUAGAUGUGUUGUUAGGCGUGAAAGAUGUGUGUAAACAUUAGUGCUCUCUACCACUGUUAUUCUCUGUUACUCGGACACAUGUACACAAACUGUAUGUGUCUCUCAGUAACAACCACAAAUGUUCUAUGUAUAUAAAGAACAUUUAUCAAAUGCAUUGUGUUAACUCAUUUAAUUAUGCAAUAUGUGGAAUGUAUACACCUUUGAAAUGUUGUGCACAUCAUUUUUAAACGGUAAACAUUCAUAACCGAGUCCAUAUGCAGGUCCUCGGAGUGCGUCUAAUGUUCCUCUUCAGUAAAUAUUGGCUUCAAAUGUUGCUAUUUUUGUGAAUAUAUUUGAGGCAGUUCUGUAAAUACCGGUAACAAACAUUCCUUUUCUGUAUAUAUAGGUUAAAAAAGCAAGUAUUGUAUGAGUUUUAUUUUUUUAUUUUAUGAACAUGUAAUAUAUUUUUGACUAUUAAGAAUAAAAUAUUAAAAUAUU